UCCGUCCUCUCUCAAUUGUUAGACACCCCCCCAAUUUCGAUCAAAGGCAGGCGGCGGCAGCUGCGGCGCAAAAUAAAUUUCCUAGGUCCGAAUCAAAACCCAUUUCCCAAUACCCAUUUCGCGGAACCUUUGUUGUUCCCACACAAUAACCUGUGAUCUGACGAUCCAGGCGGCGUAGUAAUCAAAGCUUCUUCUUCAGCUCUCGCGUGUCCCCCCGGUCGAUCCAGUGCGUCCGUGCGUGCGUCCGUGCAUCCGUCCAUCCAUGGCGCUCAACAUGUCCACCCAGACCGGCGCGGCGGCCAUGACGGUCGCGCGGCCCGGGUCGCGCCCUGGGUCGCGCCCGGGCACGCCUGGCUCCUCGCGCACCGCGCUGCUCUCGGCUGGCGCGUCGAGCUCCACGGCCGUGCCGGCACCCAACGCGGCGCAGCUCCUGAAGAUGCAGGCGCAGACGAUGGAGCCCGCGGCGCCGCAGGCGGCGGACAUCGACAAGGCGUGCCAGGCGCUGGUGGACGGCGCCGCGGCGCCCGGGGCGGACCAGGGCGCGGAGCACGCGGACGUGGCCGGCGUCGAGGCGCGCAAGGUCGGGGUGCCGGUGUUCGUCAUGAUGCCGCUCGACACGGUGCGCAAGGACGGCAGCGCGCUGAACCGGCGCAAGGCCAUGCAGGCGUCCCUGGCCGCGCUCAAGAGCGCCGGCGCCGAGGGGAUCAUGGUGGACGUCUGGUGGGGCAUCGCCGAGAGCGAGGCGCCCGGCCAGUACAACUUCGCCGGAUACAUUGAGCUCAUGGAGUUGGCCAAGAAGGCCGGGCUCAAGGUGCAGGCUGUCAUGUCGUUCCACCAGUGCGGCGGCAACGUCGGCGACUCAGUCAACAUACCACUUCCGAAAUGGGUAAUCGAGGAGAUGGACAAGGACCAGGACCUGGCGUACACGGACCGGUGCGGCCGGCGCAACUACGAGUACAUCUCGCUGGGCGCCGACGCGCUGCCGGCGCUCAAGGGGCGCACCCCGAUCCAGUGCUACGCCGACUUCAUGCGCGCCUUCCGCGACCACAUGGCGCCCUACAUGGGCAACACCAUCGUCGAGAUCCAGGUCGGCAUGGGCCCGGCCGGCGAGCUGCGCUACCCGUCCUACCCGGAGAGCAACGGCACCUGGUCCUUCCCGGGCAUCGGCGAGUUCCAGUGCUACGACCGCUACAUGCUCAGCAGCCUCAAGGCGGCCGCCGAGAGCGUCGGCAAGCCCGAGUGGGGCAACGCCGGUCCCGGCGACUCCGGCAGCUACAACCAGUGGCCCGAGGACACCAACUUCUUCCGCCGCGAGGGCGGCUGGAACACGGAGUACGGGCAGUUCUUCAUGAGCUGGUACUCGCAGAUGCUCCUGGAGCACGGCGAGCGCAUCCUCUCGGCCACUUCCUCCGUCUACACGGGCACCCCGGGCGUCAAGGUCUCCGUCAAGGUGGCCGGCAUCCACUGGCACUACGGCACCAGGUCGCACGCCCCGGAGCUCACCGCGGGCUACUACAACACGAGGAACCACGACGGGUACCAGCCGAUCGCGCGCAUGCUGGGCCGCCACGGCGCCGUGCUCAACUUCACGUGCGUGGAGAUGCGGAACCACGAGCAGCCCCAGGACGCGCAGUGCAUGCCCGAGAACCUGGUGCAGCAGGUGGCCAACGCGGCGAAGGAGGCCGGCAUCGGGCUCGCCGGGGAGAACGCGCUGCCGAGGUACGACGAGACGGCGCACGACCAGGUGCUGGCCACGGCGGCCGAGAAGGCCGAGGAGGAGCGCAUGGUGGCAUUCACUUACCUCCGCAUGGGCCCCGACCUGUUCCAGCCCGAUAACUGGCGCCGCUUCGCCGCCUUCGUGAAGCGGAUGACGGAGACGGGAGUCAGGGACGUGUGCCGGGAGCAGGUGGAGCGGGAGGCCGAGGGCGUCGCGCACGCCACACAGCCGCUCGUCCACGAGGCCGCCGCUGCCCUCAGAAACUGAUCUCUCCGGGCUCUCGGCCAGCAAAGCCGUAGCAGACGGUAAAAGGAAAUACUACUACGUACGUACUGAAUGAAGAUUUGUAAUCCGCAACGUGGUGUGUUGUUGUUGUGUACCUACUGCCUACGGUGGGAAAGAGAUAGGGGGUCGAUCGAUCGAUGGGGGUAACUUGGGGCGUGCUCUGCUGCUGCUACUAGUUACUGCCACGUUCUUCAGGCUCUCGUCGCUGACGCUGGUUUGAUUUGGCGUCGCCUCGGAAGCUUGUAUUGGAGUUUGACUGAUAAUGUACUAUGCUGCCGCAGUGCAUUUGUAAGACCGAAACUCUGAAAAUGUUGUUUUCUACGCCUGUGUGUAUCUGUUCUGCUAUCAAGUGAAAUGGAAGAACAGUGAACUUUGGGCGGUC